AAGUCUUGCUGUCAGAAGCCUCUGACUCCACCCUACAUUUUUUUCUAUCUGCUGUUGAAGACACGCACCAGAAGAGGAAGCACACAUCGAUCCCCCCAGCAAUGGCUGGCAGUCACCCUCUUUGUCUGAGCGGCUUUUCCUCAAAAGUUUUGCUGCUUCUCUGGCUCUGCCACCCCGGUUUGGUUUCCUUGAAGACUAUUCACAAAAAAGUUGGAGACUCAGUGGAGAUUUUAUCAGGGCUUCCAACUGAAGGAGUUACUACAGCAAGAUGGAGAUAUAAAGAUAAAACUGUUGCAGAUAAAAGUCUCAUUAUUUCUGACCAGAUAUUUGGCAACAGAUUACACUUCAACGUCACCACCCUGAGUUUAACGCUAACAGAGCUAACUCUUCAAGAUUCUGGUAAUUUCAGUUUUUCCUCUGAACAAAACGAAAAACAAAGGGAGACAGUUAUCAUCACUCUACUGGUUCACGAGUCCAUAACUGAAGACCCCAUUCUGACUUCCACACACGUUUUAACUUUCAAUCAGACCUGCACAGUUCUAGUGAACUGCAGCUUAAAGUCCACCAGCAGUGUCAGCUACAAGCUGAGUGACGGGAAUCAAACCCACGAAGGCUCCAGUCGGCAGUACAGCAUCAGGAAACAGGGAGAAGGACAGGUGUUCACAUGCACAGCGUCCAAUUCUGUCAGCAGCAGAACAACAUCCAAAACUGUAACGUGUCAAGACAAUUCAACUGAAGGUACGUUCAUUACGUGACUUUUUGGAUUGGUCUAAAUAGAGAAUCAUCAGUCAGUCGGCUCAGAUCAAUCAGACGUUUGGAUCAGAACACGGUUGUGUCAGAUUGCAG